UUUAAGUCUUAAAUCAAGGAGAGAGACUAAAAACCUCUAUAAAUACCCCUAAACUCCCAUACACUUCUCUCAAUUUCCCUCUGGCAAAAAAACGAACUUUUGAAAAACCCUCCCUAUUUUAUAACACAAAUACAAUAAUGUGUCCUACCGGAACUUCCCUAACUCCGGCGAGUUUUGCCGACGAACCCACGUCAGGAUUCCGGCGAGCUUUCGACGUCCUAGACUUCGACCACGACGGUAAAAUCUCCGGCGAAGAUCUCCGAUCAUUCUACACCUCAUUCUCCGGCAGCGGCGACGAUGAAGAAAUGAUUAAAGCAAUGAUUUCAGUAGCCGACGCGAAUAAAGAUGGGUACGUACAAUACGACGAGUUUGAGAAGAUUUUGGAGAGGAGAGAGAAAGAGAAGAAGGUGGAGAAAAGCUACGGUGACGGCGGCGGGGUGAUGGAAGAGAUGUUCAAAGUAAUGGAUAAAGAUGGUGAUGGAAUAUUAGGGGUUAAUGAUUUGAAGGAUUAUUUGAAAUUGGCUGGAUUAGAGGUUGGUGAUGACGAGAUUAAGGCUAUGAUUAAAUUGGGUUGUGGUGAUGGUACAAAUGGUGUUUCUUUUGAUGGCUUUGUCAACAUUUUUGGAUCUUUAUGAAAUUAAUUAGUAAGUUGUUUCUAUUUUUUUUUUUUUUGAGUAGGUAUGUGAAAUUUUUGUAAGCAAUUUCACAGAAAAUGGGAUUGAAUUUUGGGUUUGAGAAAUAAUGUGAGGAAUAAUUGUUUGUUUAUAUUAUAUGAUUAUGAUAUGGUAAUUGUUGAUGAAUGAAUAUAAGCUAUGUUUUCAUGUUUGUUGGAGUACAAUUUUCUUUUAGUCUUUGCUUAUCUCUAAAUAAAUAAAAAUGUUAAAAUUGAUUGUGUAAGGUAAUUAGUGAAAAAUGAAGAAUUCUCAAAGUUUAGUGAGUCAAAGUAGGGUGAUUGGCCAAUUAGUGGAUGAAUUACUAUGUAC